AUGUUAACUCGCAUUUUGAAAGUUGGCCGCACAUCCAUAAGGGUCAGGGGUGCAUUCCCAAUACGAUCCAUAUGGACUUUACAACCAUUAUUGAACUCAAAUUCAUCCCCUUUGGGGGUAGACCGUUCUGUAGAAUCCAAUGUUAAAUCUGAAACCAACAGGCUUGCAAAAGGUGGUAAGAAAUUUUGGGAAAACGUUACACUAUCCGUCACACCAAAUAGAGAAAUUCAAUUGGAACUAGAUUCCAAACCUAUCAAGACACCAUUAGGUAAUAAACUGGCAUUCAAUGAAAGCAAGAAACUUUUGGCACUUCUAUUACAAAAAGAAUGGGAAGCUGUAUCAGAGUCGACGGUCAAACAACACGCACUACCCUUAACUUCGUUGGUUUCAAGAUGUAUCGACCUCGAAAUUACAAAUGGACCGAAUAGCGAUGUUGAAUUAAGAACUAAAAUUGGAGGUGACAGAUCUUCGAUCAACAAAGAUUUAUUAAGAUACCUGGAUACAGACACAUUGUUAGUCUUCUCUCCGAGAGAUGAAUACGAAGGAGACCUAAGAGCCGCUCAGGAUGAAUUGUAUUUACCAAUAAUUAAGUCAAUGGAAGAAUUUUUAACAGAUAAUUAUGCUGAUGCGCACAAGACAGUGUCCUUAAGAAUAUUAGAUGCUGAUAUCCAUGGACUAAGAGGUAAUGCCCAAGACCCAGCUACAAAAGCUGCUGCUACCACAUAUUUGGAUAGUCUCUCUUUAUGGAAUCUGGCUGUAUUCGAAAAGACCGUCUUAUCGACUAAAUCUUUCAUUUGUGGUAUUCUAUUAUUACAAAAUAAGGCUAAACAUAACAACGUUAAUAAUCUUAAAUAUUCUGUUGAUGAUAUAGUGAGAGCGUCCACAUUGGAGACAAUAUAUCAAACGGAACGGUGGGGUGAAGUUGAAGACACACACGAUGUGAGUAAACGUAACAUAAAACGUAACGUUAAUGCUGCAUCUAUAGUAGCAUUCAAUAAGUAG